CCAUUUAUCCCGAAAACGUUGCGACACAAAAUAUUCGAAAGCAUGCACAACAUGUCGCACCCAGGAAUAAAAGCCACGAUAAAGCUGAUUAGUGAACGAUUCGUAUGGACAAACAUGAAUCACGAUGUACGUAAUUGGACACAAGCAUGCAUGAAGUGCCAAAAAGUGAAGGUACAUCGUCAUACUAGCUCUGCAGUAGGUCCGUUUUCGCACCCAGACACUAGAUUUGAACAUAUACACAUCGAUAUUGUAGGACCACUGCCCGUUUCAAAUGGAUACAACUAUAUCUUUACAUGCAUCGAUAGGUUUACACGAUGGCCGGUAGCAGUGCCGAUAAAAGACACCUCAGCUGAAACGGUAGCUAAAACUCUAGUUGAAAAUUGGAUUUCUUACUACGGUGUACCAACGAUUAUCACAACGGAUAGAGGAGCACAAUUCGAAAGUCGACUCUUUCAGCAGCUUACUGAACUCCUCGGUAUUAAACGAAUCCGAACGACGUCGUACCAUCCAAUGGCAAACGGAAUGGUUGAACGCCUACAUAGGCAAUUAAAAGCGUCCCUUACAGCCGUCAUCGUUAACAACGAUUGGUCUAAUAAACUUCCCCUAGUAAUGUUAGCUCUAAGAGCAACAAUUAAACAAGACAUGGGGUGUUGUCCAGCCGAGUUAGUUUACGGAACUACUCUACGAUUACCCGGAGAAUUCUUCACUUCAAGUAAAAAUGUCCCGACUGAUGUAACCGGCUAUGUGCAACGCCUGAGAAAGCACAUGAGCGAUUUAAAAAUAACACCUCCCAGACCACAACAACGACGGGUAUUCAUACCACAGGAACUGCAUAACAGCUCUCACGUAUUCAUUAGAAGAGAUAAAGUACAACCACCUCUUCAACCGAGUUACGACGGACCAUUUAAAGUGAUAGAGAGGACAAAUAAAACGGUUACCAUAGAAAAAGCUGGGAAGACAGAUGUAAUUAGCAUCGAUCGAGUAAAGCCAGCUUUCAUCGAUAGCGAUAUUCAAUCAACAAGUACAGACUCAUCUAAGAUGGUCAUACCAGCGAAACACGAGUCCCAAAAAUCAACAACGUUAACUCAACAAAAAGACAAGACUCCGAUAACAACAAGAUCCGGCCGCAGAGUAAGAUGGCCCCAACAUUAUGUCGCUACAAUUUUCUAUUAAUAAUAAUCUACUAUUUGGAAUAUUAAUUAUAACUUCUACCUCAUCGUAUACACAUGCAUUAUUAAGCUCAUGUUAUGCGCGAUAAAACUCAACGUAUCUUAUGUACCCUUACACUUAUGCGUAUAAUUUUUGUUUAAAAUGUAAAGACAGUACCACAUUCCUUCUAUUUCUUGCUAUUAUUUUAUGUAACCUCACGGACAGGCGCAAAUCAAAUGUACAGCACACACCAACUUCAUCUUAAUUUUGUACAAACCAUUUUGUUUCAAACGAUUGUAAUUACCCUACUCAGUUUGCUAUUUUUUUUAUGCAAACACAGACAUUUUCCAUAUAUCUUUGUUUGCAGGGGGGAGCUAUUAUAGCGACUCACGUGCUAAUGGGUUUAUUUUCAUUUAACCCAGUUAAGCCCUUUUUGUUAACUUAUUUAGUGGACAAAGUCAUCCAUGAUAUAACAACUUGUUGUACUAUCUUUAUUAUUAAUGCUUGUAUGAAAUACAUACGCUUGAACAUUGUUUAGCGCCUACGCAUGUAUUCAUUCUGCUAGCUUCAUUAUUAACUGCUUAAUCUAUUCGCUGACUCAUCCAUUUUCCUAUACAUAUAUAUAUGUGUACAUUUGCACCCAUUUACUACAACAACAACAACUACUACUACU